CUGCCUCGUAUCCGUUGAGCAUCAUUUGAAUUUCAAAUUAUAAACUUCUCUUCCUUCCAUUCUUUUCCUUUUUUUUUUCCUCAUGUGCACAUUACUCCACAACUCCCCACUAAAUUCGUCCCAUUAACCCAACCAACUCUCUCUUUAUCUCUCUUCUAUGUCGUUUUAUCCAAGAUUAUUACCAUUAUUCACACUUCUCUUUUCAACACCAUUUUCUCUCUCCUUCUGAAACCCCCUGACUUAUUACACUUACCAAUUCAUUAAUCCUUAUUGGCUCACAUUCUGCUUCUUUGUCUCUGUUCUUUUAACACCAUCAAACACUUCAUUUUCACUUCAAAAUUCUAAACUUUCAUAUUAUUUUCAUCAUUCAAGUUUGAAAAUCAAAUGGGUUCUUUUUAAUUUCACUAUUUGUUUACUGUUUUUCUCUUACUCUGUUUCAUCAUUACAUUCCCCUGUUUUUACUCUGUUUUCUUCAUUUAUGGGUGCUUCUGGAAAAUGGGUUAAAACCCUCAUUGGCUUCAAAAAACCAGAAAAAGAUGAUUCCCAUGAUAAAUGUGGGAGUAAUAAAGGUAAGAAAUGGAAACUAUGGAGAAGUCCAUCAGGAGAUUUGGGGACAUGGAAAGCUUUUAAAGGUCGUUAUAAAUCAACAGUUUCAGAGGGUUCAGAUUCACCAUGUCGAAACGAUGCGUUUAAUGCUGCUGUUGCUACUGUAGUUAGAGCUCCUCCUAAGGAUUUUCGUGUUGUUAGGAAAGAAUGGGCUGCCAUUCGUAUUCAAACCGCUUUUCGUGGAUUUUUGGCAAGAAGAGCGUUGAAGGCAUUAAAAGGAAUUGUGAGGCUGCAAGCCUUAGUUCGAGGGCGACAAGUACGGAAACAAGCUGCUGUUACACUAAGGUGUAUGCAGGCAUUGGUUCGGGUUCAGGCUCGAGUUAGAGCUCGACGUGUGAGGAUGUCUGUUGAAGGGCAGGCUGUACAGCAGUUGCUUGAUGAACGGCGAACUAAGAAUGAACUCUUGAAGCAAGCUGAGGAAGGAUGGUGUGAUAGUAAAGGAACAUUGGAGGAAAUCAAAACUAAGUUGCAAUUAAGGCAAGAAGGAGCCUUUAAAAGGGAUAGAGCCCUUGCUUAUGCUCUUGUCCAAAAGCAAAUGAGGUUAACACCUUCCACAGUUUUCGAAACAAACAUCUCAACAUCAUCAUUCAAGGGCUUAGAAGCAGACAAAAAUAACUGGAGUUGGUUAGAACGUUGGAUGGCAGCAAAACCAUGGGAAAACAGACUAAUGGAGGAAGUUCAUAGUACUAUAUCAGAGGUUAAAACCCCCCCUCCAAAAACUCUUGUAAAUCCCUUUAAGGACACUAUACCGAAAUCAUCUGAACUACACUGUCAAGUAAAGGUCAGGAAAAACAAUAUGAGCACAAGAAUCUCAGCAAAACCACCCUUAAUCGCAGCGGUUCAAGGCACGCGCUCAUCCUCUAGCCCGAGUUCAGACUUCCCUUAUGCCGAGAGCUCGGCUUCCUCCUCAAUGUGCACCUCGACAACUCCAAUUUCGGGCACUGAGGAGAGUGGAGGAAUUACUACAAGUAAAAAUUGUAGGCCAAGUUAUAUGAAUCUCACUGAAUCAACUAAGGCAAAGAGGAGAACACAACGGGUGCAAAUGCAAUCAAUGGAUGAGUUUCAGUUUGCCAAAAAACUUGUGGGAUUGUCGAAUGGGGAUACGAAGAGUAGUGCUGGUUCGGAUCCUCCUUCGAUCAAUUUCUCUAGGCCUUUGAAUUUGCCCACGAGUAGUCGAUUGGAUAAGAACUUGGUGCGGCCAAGGGAUAGAGAGAACUACUUGUACAACUGAUGUUUUUAAAGAAUGAUAUUGCUUUUGCUUGUUUGCUUAGCAACAACUUGUUGUUCAUGUAAGUUAAAAGAACAAGAAGAGCCAUAGUUUAAGGUUUUAGUGUUGCGUUUUUUUGUGAUCUAUCAUUUGGUUAGUGAAGAUUGUAAUUGGAGUAUUCUUUUUGUUUUUGCAAUGUAGAAAAAUGUCUUGGAUGUUGUAAUGUAAUUCAACUUGUUUUGCACUUUGUUUCAGUAGAUGAAA